GUCAGAGGAGCAGCGGAGAGCGCUAUCCUUUUACAGCAACAACAAGACAUCUGAUAGUGGUGAAUGUGCGUGUUUUUUUUCGCAUGGCGAACGGAAACCUGAUCGGCUAAAGCCUGUCGAAACCAGGAGGAGUGACUAGCAGGAAGCAUUGAAAAAAUGUCUUCUUCCUCAAACGAAGUCAGAAGUGCAGGCGAAAUCAAGAAAGAGAAUGUGUCCUCGGGAGAGGAGCCGGAGCUGCUAGCGCUGAAUUCUGCGCUGCUGCCUAUGGAGCAUGCCGACCAGGUGCACACUGAACUCCUGCUCUCUGCUUCCUCCGCCUUGGCUUUUUCCCCUGAGCAAGUGGCGUGUGUGUGUGAAGCUCUGCAGCAGGGGGGUAACCUGGACCGCUUGGCCAGGUUUCUGUGGUCAUUGCCCCAGAGCGACCUCCUACGUGGCAAUGAAAGCAUCCUGAAGGCACAAGCCUUAGUUGCCUUUCACCAGGGACGGUACCCGGAGCUUUACAGCAUUUUGGAGACCCACAACUUUAGCCCGUGCAACCACUCAUGUCUUCAGGAUCUGUGGUACAAGGCUCGUUACACAGAGGCGGAGAAAGCGCGUGGUAGACCACUUGGAGCCGUGGACAAGUACAGACUGAGGAGAAAAUACCCGCUGCCCCGGACGAUCUGGGACGGGGAGGAAACUGUCUACUGUUUUAAAGAGAGGUCCAGAAACGCUUUAAAGGAACUGUAUAAACAGAACCGUUACCCGUCCCCAGCCGAGAAGAGAAACCUAGCCAAAAUCACGGGGCUGUCUCUUACCCAGGUCAGUAACUGGUUCAAGAACAGGCGACAGAGGGACCGGAACCCAUCCGAAGCGCAGUCCAAAAGUGAAUCUGAUGGCAACCACAGCACUGAAGAUGAGUCCAGUAAGGGGCAAGAUGAUCCUUCUCCUCGGCCCUUGUCUAGCUCUUCUGAUGGGCUAGCCAGUCACAGUAGCAUCCAACUAUCAAGUGACUCGGAGGGCCUGAUCAUCCAACAGCUUGGGGAUGCAAAACUGCCAUCCACCUCCCCUGGUGCAAUGUUCAAUGGGGGUCUGGUGACGGCUAGUACACCCACUGUAUUCCUUAAUGGCAGCUCUUAUAUUCAGACCCCCGGGAAUGUUCUCUUCAAUGGACUGAACAUGGGAGGGACACAAGCUGUGGCACUAAACCCCCUUAGAAACAGCAACCCAAUUGUAAACAGCAGGGCAGAGAAUGGUGAGCUGGUGCUACAAGACAAAGACAUGAAAAUUCACGGGCCGAAUUCGAUCAUGUCUUACAACGUCAGUUUGCCAGGUGCCCCCUUUCCAGUGAGUGUUAGCUCCAGUGAGAUUAAAAUCGGAAGCACACAAACUGUAUCAUCUCAGGAUGGGGCGUCAGUGCUUACUUUUACAACAUGUAAUGGGCCUCUUCAAGUCAAUCAGUACAGUGUGGUGCAGCUUCCUACCUGUGACACAAAUGGGCAGCAAGUUAAUGGACUUCCUUCUUUUCUUAUGCCAUCUAUCACAACAGCACCUCCACAAGGUAACCCUUUAAUGAACUCCACACACCCUGAGCAGACAGAGGCCUUCUCCAGCGGACAGUCAUCCACUCCAAAUUUACAGCACGGAAAAUUACUCCUCAGUCCUCUGCAGCCCAGCCCAGUGCUGUACUCUCCGCCCAGUAUGCAACAGAUGGUGGCAUCCAUUAAGCAGGAGCCACCCGAGGGAGGUUUCACCUUCUCUCAUCUAAUGCCUGUUGACCAAAAUGGCCAAAUUAGUGUGAGCACAUCCUCUGUGAAUGUUUCCGGGAUGGCGAUAGACACACUGAGUCCCAGCUUCUCGGUCAUCUCCACUCCUGGACUUGGUUCGUCUGGCUCUUUGAACUCAAGCAGCUCAGGCAGCAUGUGUUCUACUCAAAGUAGCCAGCCUACGUCUCCAGCAGACAGCAGCCCCUCCAGCGAGGCAGCAGGCAACAGCAAUGGUUAUGCAGCUCUGCAUGACACUCCAUUGACAACCACAGCUGGCCAGGGGACGUUUACCGUGUUCUCCACCCAGCAGGGAUUGGCUAGAGAAAGUGGAAGAGGAACUGAUGAUGACAGAACAAACCAGCACCUUCCUCAUGACUACAGCCACCAGCAGAGCACCAUCCAACAGCUACUGCCAGCUUUGAAGGGGAACUUCUUGUCCAUAUCAGAGGGCAGGUCCAGUGAAGACAUGAUAAUUCUGGAGUCCAAGUCCAAAUGUGCAGUUAGUGAAAUGGUGAGGGUCAUCUGUGGACAAAUGGAAAAUGAGGACAAGCAGCUGGCCAAACUUCAGAAUGUGCAGAUGGAAGAAGACAUUAGCGAGAUAUAAUAACACUUAUGGGGAGGGGUGGGGGGAUUGAGUAGAACAUCAACCUUCAUUAGAAAAUGCUAAAUUAUUCAUGAGGAAACACUUCGAGUCAGACUGCAAUGGUCAAGCCACAGCCUUGGGUCUUCCAAUGCAAUAAGAAUGGCUUCCAAGAGCAUUUCUUUUUUUGUCAAUUCUUAAAAAAACCUUGAUGACUUUGAUGUUCAUUAAUUAUAUUUAAACAAAAAGAACAUACAGAAAAAAAACCUGAUAUAUCAGCAGGACAAGGAAAAAGGGAGGGAGGGAGGGAGGGUGGAUCCACAUUAACAGUGUGCCAGUGUCGCAGAAUGUGGGGAGAGAAUAAAGGAAACUGAAAGGCUUCUUACAGCACCAUCUCCUUCUGGAGCAUCUUCUCCUUAGCUCUGGUGCCAGGGAUCCUUUAGACAUGAGUUAGCUUUUUUCGACCAUGAGGACAGUUUUUUUUUUAACUUUUUUUAUGGGCUGCUUUUCUUUUGAACUGUUUUUAUAUUUAUUAUUAUUCAUGAUUUUAUUUAUUUAAGUUCACAAACCUGGGAGUAUAGUGGCAGUCUUUUACUUGGAAGAGUAGGGAGGCAACAUAGAAAGGUGCCCACAGAUAAAACUCUCCAUCUGCAAGAAUUAGGAAUGGGAAUUGUUGGCAGAGACAGUUGGUGAUCCAUGUGCAUUGGGAUGGCAAUACAACUUGGAAAAAAAAAAAAUAAUAAGACCGCACAUGCAGCCCUUUUAGCUGCUGAGACUCGCCAAUGCACUCUUGUUUUGCAUUUUUGUCUGGGUUUAUUUUUACAUUGGGAAAUGUGAAACAAAAAAUUUGAAUAUUCUUACCUGCUGAAGGAUUGUUAUUCUGCAUUGUUAGGAUGGGUACAUAGUGGAUUCCCUUUUUAUUUAUUUAUUUUUAUGUGUAACCUGUGUAGGUGCCUUUCUCUACAUCCAAACUUUGCACUCGGAGAGCUGCUUUAAUGCAGCAGAAUGUAAUAGCGCUGACCUUCUAACGGCUGUGAAGACAAUUUUCGUAUAUCCUUUUACACAUCACAUUAUUGACAGAACUGGCCAUUAAAGGUCUCUCUUUCAGAGGCAGUAAUAGUGCAUCCUCUUUAAUGCUUAGCCUUUAAACCGCUUUAAAAAGCUCAAUAAUAUGCAACUAGUGGGGGGGGGGGGGGGGGGAGUGGGGCUCUUAUUUAUUUGACUUUUCAAUACCCACCUCGCUUGUUAAUUGACCAGUAUGCUCUACCCAUCAUGCAAAUGUCACUUUGGAAAGAGUCUUGUCGGCAAGAUUUCAGGGCAAACAAGAUGAAAGUAAACACUAAAGCUUCAGUGAUAUCUGCACCCAACAUCCUCUUCCCCCAUCCCACCCUUUUUAGUUGAGCACUGAUCCCUCUUUUUUUAAUAUUCUCAAUAUCUUUUUUUUUUUUUUUGCAUUUAGUGCGUAGUUUCUUUUUUUUUUUUUAUUAUUAUGUGCAUGGUUACCUGAAUUUAACAACUCAUGCAUCUGUACUCCAGUUAACGUGCCUUAUGUCUCUUUACAAAUGAAGUGAUACAUUUGACCACUUUUGUAGAAACCCAAGUAUCAUGCUGCACUAUUUGGUGAUGGUACAAUGAGUAUGUCAGGCAAAGUUUCACAUGCUCAACUGUUAAACCAAAGAUCCGUUUCCUACAGAUUUGUUUGUUAUGUACUGUAAUAGAUUUUAUGAGUGAAAUGAUAGUUUUUUUUUUUGUUUGUAUUCUGAAAUGUUGUGAACUUAUUUUUCUAAACACUAUACUCAAUAAAACUUUAUAUUUAUACGUA